CGUGAAUGGCACUGCCUAGUGAUGUGUGUGAGUGGGUGGAAUGAGCAGGGCCGUGCAAGCUCUCAGCCUGUAGUUAGUGAUUCUACACUGAUUUACAACAACCUGUGGCUGUCAGGCAGCUGUACACAAUGGGAAUGCUGGGAAUUGUGCUGUUUGGAUAGAUGUCCUAUACAGGUUGAUGAUUUAUUAUUAUCAGUCCUGAUAUGUUCACAUUUGUGUAUCAUUUACUGAACAUGGGAAGGCUGCUGUGGGCAACAAUGGGGUAUCGGUUUGUUGCUAUGAAACUCAGCAGUCUGGCCCUCCCUCACACAAUCUCAUGUCAAAUCAGCUUGAGGAGGAUCUAAAGUGCUGGGCAAGUGCAUUGGGUUGCACCACUUAGUGCCAUUGGCACACUGUUCAGCACAGGUACCCAUUCAAUGGCACACUGUUCAGCACAGGUACCCAUUCAGCCUGUCACAGUUUUUGCUCUCAAGACACAGCACCAAGGGGAGAUGGAGCAGCUGCAUUCCCUCCUCCCUUCUUGCCCCCCUCCCUCCUCUCAUUCUUUUGCUUCACAGCCAAGAAGCCCCAGAGCAGAUACUACAUGCCAGCCAGACAGGGCUACAGUGUGAAUCUUCCAUCUUGUAGCAGCUUGAUGCAGUUCACCAGUCUGUGUUCAUUAUUGGGCAGAAGAAAAAGAGCUACGAGAAGAACGUAUUGCUUCCUAAACAGGAAAUGACUAUAACUUGGGUGGAAAUAAGGGGAGCAAUCUGGGUGGAUCUCUAUCUAGUGUUCCAACUUACAUCCUGACUGGGACUUACAGACUCCUGGCAGAGUUGGCUCACAGAGUUCUGAAUCUGACUCAUCGGCCACUCCUGGAAAUGCUGAAAGCUCUUCAGAGGGUUUCAUUUGUCCACUGUGUAUGAAAUCCCAUGCAACAGCUGAAGAACUUUUUGUGCACUAUGAAGCAUCACAUGAACCUGCCAAUGACCCUGGUCAAGGAGGAGAAACCAACCGGUUGCCAAAAAGAGAUGAAGUGCUCUUACUUCAGCAGGAGGUGAAAGAUUUACAGACCUCGCUAAAGGAAGAAAAAUGGUUUUCGGAAGAGUUGAAGAAAGAGUUAGAAAAAGAGCAGCUGAAGCAAAAUUCCAUUUCAGAUGGGAUGACCGCAGUUGCAGCUACAGAGCUCCAGUCUUUAGAACAGAAUUUAGAAGAGGCCCAAACAGAAAUGUUCAAUACAAAGCAAAUGAAAGAUUUAUUUGAACAGAAAGCUGCUCAACUGGCUACCGAAGUAGUUGAUUUAAAGGCGGCAUAUGAUGAAGAGAAAGGUAACUUGGCAGCUGCACAGGAAAAAGUAAAAGGUUUAAUGCAGGAUCUUGAUUCAAAAUUACAUGUGAUUGAAGACUUGAAGAAUGAGCUGCUUCAACGACCAGGAAUUGAAGAUGUUUCUGUGUUGAAGAAGGAGCUUGUCCAGGUCCAGACGCUGAUGGACAAAACAACGCUAGAUGCUGAAAAAGAAUCAGAGAAGCUGAAAGAUGAGUGCAAACAGCUGCAGGCACAAAUCUCCAACUCUGAGGUGACUGUUAACCAGCUGAAAGCUGAUCUUGCUAAAGGCCCUCAAGAAGUUGCAGUUUAUGUCCAGGAAUUGCAGCAACUCAAAACUGCUUUGACUGAGUUAAAUCAAAAACAUGAUAAUUUGAUGGAAAAGUUUUUGAAGAAAGAGUUGGAUUACACCCAACUUGAGGAGAAACAAAGCGAGGCAUCCACUGCAAGGAAAAACCUGCAAGUCCUUCUUAAUCAGAAGGACGUGGAGUUCCAGCAGUUGCAAGCUCGAUUUUCUUCAAGUGAGAUGUCACUGCAGACAGUAAAGUCUGAGGUGGCUGAGAAGGGCGAGGCAAAUCAGAAACUUAAAGCAGAGCUCUCAGAAGUUGAGACCAAAUAUCAACAUCUCAAGGCCGAAUUCAAGCAGCUUCAGCAGCAGCGGGAAGAGAAGGAGCAGCUUAGUUUGCAGCAGCAAAGUGAGAUCAACCAGCUUCACAGCAAGUUACUAGAGACAGAGCGCCAACUAGGGGAAGCUCAAGGGAGGCUGAAGGAGCAGAGGCAGCUGUCUGCUGAGAAACUGAUGGACAAGGAACAGCAGGUGGCUGAUCUACAGCUGAAACUCUCCCGUGCUGAGGAGCAGCUCAAAGAAAAGACUUCAGCUUCUUCUGACUUGCAGCAUCAAUUGGAAAAGAUAAGGCAACAGCAUCAGGAACAGACCAACCUCCAGCAGAAUACCACAUCCAAACUGAGAGAAGCCCAGAAUGAUCUAGAACAAGUCUUACGGCAGAUUGGAGACAAAGACCAAAAGAUCCAGAACUUUGAAGCGCUAUUGGAGAAAAGCAAAAAGAACAUUUCUCUUCUUGAAAAAGAAAGAGAAGAUUUAUAUGCCAAAAUGCAAGCAGGAGAAGGAGAAACUGCAGUUCUGAACCAGCUUCAAGAGAAAAACCAUGCUUUGCAGGAACAGUUAACCCAGUGUACUGAGAAGUUAAAAAAUCAAUCAGAAAGUCACAAACAAGCCCAGGAAAACUUGCAUGAGCAGGUUCAGGAGCAGAAGUCCCAACUUAGAGCCUCCCAAGAUUGUGUCCUGGCACUUGAGGCAACGCUGAAUGAAGUCACCAGUCAGCUGAAUGAGAGCAAAGAGAAAAUGAUCCAGCUUGAUUUACAGAUCAAAGCAAAGACUGAACUUUUGUUAGCAGCAGAAGCAGCAAAGACCGCGCAGAGAGUAGAUCUUCAGAACCACUUGGAUACUGCCCAAAAUGCUCUGCAGGAUAAGCAACAGGAAUUAUGCAAAGUGAAUGCACAACUGGAACAAGUAAUGGCAAAGUUACAUGACAAACAGGAAUACAGCAUUCAACUGGAGGCAAGCCUUAAGGAGUACAAAGAGAAGCACCUCCAUCAAGAACAAAAAUCUGAAGCCCUGGAGGGGCAGCUUAAGAAACUUGAAACAGAUCUAAUCAGCGUGAAAACAAACCAGGAACAGACAGCCCAGGAGCUGCAGCAGCAGAAGCAACAGAAUGCUCAGAUGGAAUUGAAAGCUGCAGACCUGACCAAGCAGUUAGAGGAGGCGAAAGGACUGGUAUCAAACAUGAAACUGGAACUACAGACAAAACUGGAGUCUCUCCAGCUGUCAAAGGAAUUAAUUUCAAAACAUGAGCAAGAAAGGAAAAGUCUUAAAGAGAAUAUAGAAAAGUUGAAGCAAGACCUGGAGAAAAUAACAGGCAAAAUGCAAGAUGUCUUGGCUAGCCUAGAGAAAACCAAAAUGGAGAGAGACACUUUGCAGAAAGAUCUUGCAGAGACAAAAGACAAAUUAUCAAAGAAUGGCAAAUCUUUACAGGAGUCAAGGGAUCAGUUGCAAAAAGAAAAAAAGAAAGUGAAGGCAAUUAUUGAGGGCAUGGAGAAGACACAGGAAGAAGUGAAAUUGAAUCUACAAAGACAGGUGGAUGCAGCAGCAAAGGAGGUGAAUGAGCUCAAGUCUGUGCUGGAAAAUAAGCAGGAGGAAUCCACCCAGACAAAAGCAGAGUUGGAAAAAGCCCGUGGUUAUGUUGCAAAGCUGCACAGUGCUAUCAAAGAGAAGGAGAAAGUGGAGCAGGAACUCCAGACACAACUGAAAAAAAUGCAGGAAACUUCAGAUCAGGAAAAAGUGAAACAUAAAUCUGAGGUUGAAGCCCUGACCACCCAGUUAGCACAAAAGGCAGAACAAGAAGGAAAAUUACAGCAGCAAGUGACAGUGUUAUGCAGUGAACUGGAAAUUGAGAAAGGAAAAGUGUCUGAUCUGCAGAAAGCCCAUGAUAUCCUUCAGGAGAAGCUUAAUAACCUUCAGUCAGAUAUGUAUGGGAAAGAGUCAGAAGUAUCUGCAAUACGGCAGGAUCUUAAAAGUACAGAGGAAAAGUUUGUUCUUGCACAAGAAGAGCUAAAAACAAACCGGAAUGAAAUCAAUGGUCACAAGAAGCUUAUUCAAGAACUAACCUCUGUUAGAGGGAACCUGGAGCAGAAUAUAGCUAAAAAUAAACAUUUACUAAAGGAGCGGGAGAAAACACUGCAGGAACUGAAGGAGCAGAAGGUCUUCGUUGAGAAAGAAAUAAGUGAUGAAAAACUGAAAGUAACUAAUCUAAACUCCUUAAAGGAGAAGCUUGAGGGAGAAUUAAGCAACACAAGAGAAGAACUGAAAAGUAUCAAAGAUGAAUGCCAAAAGAAAACCAACAGUUUUGAGGAUGCCAAACAAAUACUAAUCCAGCAGAAACUGGAGUUACAGGCCAAACUUGAUAGCUCAGAUUCAGUUCUUCAGCAGGAAAAGAAUAACCAGCAGGCUCUGAAGGAGGACUGCAAAAAAAAGCAAGAUGAAUGGAAGAAACAUAGCACGGAGAUGAGAGAGAAACUGUCUGCAGAAGCAAAAGAAAAAGAAGAGCAAAAGAAGAAACAUGAGGAAAAUGAGUCAAAGCUAAACAUGCAGAUUACAGCUUUAAAUGAAAACCUGGCAACAUUAAAGAAAGAAUGGCAGAGCAGCCAGCGCAGGGUUGGUGAGCUGGAGAAGCAAACAGAUGACCUUCGGGGAGAAAAUGCAGUAUUAGAAGCAACAGUCCAGAACAAUCAGGAUGACCGACGUGCUUUGUUAGAAAGGUGUCUAAAAAGUGAGGGUGAAAUUGAAAAGCUCCAAGCCAAAAUAUUUGAACUGCGGAAAAAAGUGGACGAAACUUCAUAUGCAAUGGAGGAACUUGGCAGGGAAAACCAAUCACUACAGAUUAAGCACAGCCAAGCACUCAAUAGGAAGUGGACAGAGGAUAAUGACGUGCAGAACUGCAUGUCCUGCGGCAAAGGAUUUUCUGUGACAAUAAGAAGGCACCAUUGUAGACAAUGUGGAAAUAUCUUCUGUGCGGAAUGUUCUUCAAAGAAUGCCUUAACUCCUUCCUCCAAAAAACCUGUGCGUGUGUGUGAUACAUGUUUCGGUGACUUGCAAGGAUAGGAGACACCUGCUCAAUAGAUACCUGCAAUUUACACAUAGUAUUUUUGUUAAUGCACUUCAUAAAGCACUCAAAGUACUUAUUUCUUUGGAUGAAGAUUGUAACGUUUGGCACCACAGUAUACCUUUGGACAUAUUUUAUUGAUACAAUGUCAGAUAAUUGUAUUUUUCAUGAGAACACAAGGCCACGUGAUGGUCUUUAUCCUGCCUUUAGCUUUCAGUCCAGAUUUUAAAUGUGUUUUUAGUUUCUGUUUGGUUUGGCUGCCUGUAAAUAGUUGCCUGUAAACAGAGAGGCAACUGCAUAUUUUUUUAUACAUAAUUUCAUAGUAAACCAGGAAAUCAGUCCAAUAGUUUACUAAUAUUUGGUGGUAAUUCGGUGGGAAUAAUCAUCUUGUUUUAUAAUUUACCUGUUUGGUAGGAAGGACAUAAAGGAGUACAAAUAAGACGUGAUAGUGAGCCAAGCCUUGGCAGCACAAAAAUAACUUCUGUCCCCUCAAACUGCAUAGAGUGACUUGUCACUGCUUAUAGUAUUGUUCCUUUUAUAUGUCCAGUGUGUCAUGCAUUUAUGUUUUGGUUGUCUUUUUCUUUAUGGCUUAUGUCACACAGGGAGAAUACCUGUAUCCAGAAUUGAGAUUUUGUCCACUAAACUCCCUGUGUGUCCAAAGCCUAUACCUCCACUGCUGCACCUUCCUGGAAGCCAAACCCUAUUGAAUUAUUGCUUAGAUUUCUCAUAAAGCAGCACACAGGAGCGAGAGAAGACUUUGUGUCCCUGCCCAUCUGCACUGUACAUUUGUAUGGAUUUUGAAUUUUUACUUUUGAAAUACUUGGGAACAAUAAAAUGGAGGCACAAAAUGGAAAUUGCAGCUGUAUGUGCCAAAUGUACCAGCAACAGUAAGUGAAACUAUCCUUCAAGCGUGUACCACCAUUGCUGGUAGAUAUAGGAAUAAAACUAUCUUCUAUGCCUAUUUAUGUGA